CAUAAUGACUCAAAAUGGUGUGAUAACGACAAUUCGAAAAUUCUUCCCGGAGACCUGGAUUUGGGAUGAAGUUUCCACUGAUUCCAAUGGAAAGGCCAGUGUCUCAUUCACCAUCCCUGACACCAUCACAGAAUGGAAAGUCAGCGCCUUCUGCCUGGAGAAGGAGGCUGGGUUUGGCAUAGCCCCCUCUACCUCCCUCACAGCCUUCCAGCCCUUCUUUGUCGAUCUGACCAUGCCCUACUCCAUUGUCCGAGGGGAAACGUUUAAUUUAAUAGCCAAUGCCUUCAACUAUUUGGACAAAUGCAUCGAGGUCACUACCAUCCUGAAAGAGUCCAAGGAUUACAAGAUAGAGCCUGUUUCCCCAGGAGGCAACACUGCAAGGGUGUGUGCCAACGAGAGGAAAACCUCAUCCUGGACUAUUAUCCCCCAAAAACUGGAAAGAGUUGUGGAUGGCUUUGUGUGGCCUUCACCACAGUUUCAAUCUCAGGGUUCAGUGCAUAUCCUGUGUUCCAAUGGAAAGGCCAGUGUCUCAUUCACCAUCCCUGACACCAUCACAGAAUGGAAAGUCAGCGCCUUCUGCCUGGAGAAGGAGGCUGGGUUUGGCAUAGCCCCCUCUACCUCCCUCACAGCCUUCCAGCCCUUCUUUGUCGAUCUGACCAUGCCCUACUCCAUUGUCCGAGGGGAAACGUUUAAUUUAAUAGCCAAUGCCUUCAACUAUUUGGACAAAUGCAUCGAGGUACAUUCCAAUGGAAAGGCCAGUGUCUCAUUCACCAUCCCUGACACCAUCACAGAAUGGAAAGUCAGCGCCUUCUGCCUGGAGAAGGAGGCUGGGUUUGGCAUAGCCCCCUCUACCUCCCUCACAGCCUUCCAGCCCUUCUUUGUCGAUCUGACCAUGCCCUACUCCAUUGUCCGAGGGGAAACGUUUAAUUUAAUAGCCAAUGCCUUCAACUAUUUGGACAAAUGCAUCGAGGUCAGUACCAUCCUGAAAGAGUCCAAGGAUUACAAGAUAGAGCCUAUUUCCCCAGGAGGCAACACUGCAAGGGUGUGUGCCAACGAGAGGAAAACCUCCUCCUGGACUAUUAUCCCCCAAAAACUGGGCAAUGUGAGCUUUACCGUUACUGCUGAAGCAAGGUCGAUCGAUGCAUCUCAGGAGCAAAGACUGGAACGCGUGGACACGGUCAUCAACCUGUUGUUAGUCGAGCCUGAAGGUAUCAGAAAGGAAGAGACCCAGAGCUCCCUCAUUUGUACCAAAANCAGCGCUGUUUCUGAAAGCAUCUCUCCAAAGCUCCCAGAAAACCUGGUGCAGGGAUCUGCCAGAGCUUUUUUUUCUGUCCUUG